AUAUAUAUAUAGCCAGGAUUGUGGUCGUACCUAUGACUAGCCACAGUUACAGCACUUUUUGGGAUCCAGGCCAGACGGUUUUGUUUGUGUUAUUGUUGUGGGUGUGUUGAGAUCGGUUAUAAUCAAUAAUAUACACUACACACAUUGACAGGGUGUGUUUAAACCUUAAUUACCAGAAGUCAUCUCCUGGCUUAGUGUUCAAUGUUAUACUGUUGGUAACUUUUGGCCGGUGGGAAUUCUCAACCGUGUGUGAACCUGGAUUGUGAACUGUCUUCCAUUGUAUUGUGUACUGGUGUUACUUUCAGAUUGUGAGCCAUGUGUUACUUUGGAAUGUGAACCUUGGGUGAUUUCAGAAUUUGGAAUUUUUAGAUAUUUUGGGUUGUGAAACCUUGAUCACUACCAUUUAGACUUAUCUAUAGACAACCGGAUUUGAAAAGACUCAUAUAUAUAUAUAUAUAUAUAUAUAUAUAUAUUUAUAUUCAUUAACACUGGAUUAAGGUGAUAAUGUAUGUGUAUGUCUCUAAUACAACAGUGGACUUUAAAGCCUUAAUCCUGGUGAAGUUGGUUUAAACCUACUGACCAGUUUAGUGUUAGGGAGAUUUAUGUCAGUGACAUGCUGGCCUAAACUGAUCUAGAUCAAUAGAAGUUACUAUAGAGUCUAUCAAUACAUUGGUAUUGAUGGGGAGAUACAACGAAACACCACUGUCUUUUACCUCCGAUGGGGACAAUAGAGUUCUGAUGCUGAGGGGUACCUUUGGGGACAGAGAGAUACUGAUGAAGAUUGAUGACAGAUGUAGCCACUGUGGAAUUGUCCACAACUCUAACCGUCGUCGUAGAUCAAAAAGUGAAAAACAUAAACUCGGCGGACAGGAUGUUCAUGGAAACGUAGAGACUGUGCUUCAUAAAAAAUGGAGAGACACAAAUGGUCUGCAUUUGAUUUCAUCAUGUGUGUCUCAUAAUUAUAGUGGUCAAAACUCUGAUUAUAUGGGUCGGUCAUCUGGUGGUCAUUCAAUGAUAAAACCCAGAAAUGACCACAAUAAAAUUACACCAGCCCAGCAUGAUGUACAACCUUUCGAUCAGACUGCUGAAGAACGGUAUAUUGAGGCGUUUCAAACAAAUAAUGGGACGUCCAAAUUUGCCUUGGACAGUAUUUGUGGAGUGGGAGUGAGCAGUGUGGUGCGACGCUGUGUUGAGAAGGAGACAGGAAAGGAGUAUGCGGUGAAAAUCAUUGACAUCAGUACAGAAAAGCAGGAGGAGUACCAGGCAGAGCAGACAAAGCAAGACACCAUUAGGGAGAUUAAUAUACUCAAGAUGUGUUCUGGUCACAAACAUAUCAUUGAACUUCAUGACUCAUUUGAAACCAACACUUUCAUCUUUCUUGUAUUUGAAUUAUGUAAACAGGGAGAAUUAUUUGACUACCUCACUCAAGUUGUAACAUUAUCAGAGAAGAGGACAAGAAUUGUGAUGAGACAGUUAUUAGAAGCAGUAGAUUUUGUACACAAAAAAAAUAUUGUACAUCGAGAUUUAAAACCUGAAAAUAUAUUACUAGAUGAUGAUAUGAACUUAAAGCUGUCAGACUUUGGCUUUGCCACAGUCCUGAGUCCCAAGGAAGAAUUAACAGAGCUCUGUGGCACACCAGGGUACUUAGCCCCCGAGGUGCUGGCGGUGUCUAUGUACGACGAUGUGCCCGGGUAUGGCCAGCCCGUGGAUAUGUGGGCUGUGGGAGUUAUCAUGUACACCCUUUUAUGUGGUGCCCCACCUUUCUGGCACCGUAAACAGAUGCAGAUGCUGAGGAUGAUAAUGCAAGCUAACUACCAGUUUGGAAGCCCGGAGUGGGAUGACAUCAGUCAGGCCCCCAAAGAUCUGAUUGCCUCCUUACUGGUGAUAGACCCGGCGAAGCGAUUAACUGCCUCUGAGGCUCUGCAGCACCCGUUCUUCAAACGCGAUCAGGUGAAACCUGUAGUGAAAUUCCAAGCAAAGAAAAAGUUUAAGGCUGCUGUGAUCUGUGUCAACUUCUUCUUCCGCAUGAGGUUUUUUAAGAACAACCCUCCUCCUAUCUCUGGUGAGGUGAUCAGCAAAAAUCCAUAUAGUGUCAAAAACGUUCGAAAACUCAUCGAUGGAUGUGCAUUCAAAAUGUACGGACACUGGGUAAAGAAAGUGGACAAUCAGAACAGAGCAGCGCUGUUUGAACACGCCCCGCGCAGCGACUGGAAAGAGGAUUAUCAAAACUCUUGAUUACACUGAUUUAUAGUCUGCAAAUUACUGCAGCUUCUUAGCCGGUCAUAUGCCCUCAGUGCUUAGACAUAAGACUGGAAAACCAGUGCUCUCUGAAGGGAUAAACCUUGGAGGAGAAUGACACUACACAGAUAAAAAGUGCAGAAUAAAAUCAUGUUGCCAAAUUAAUUAUAUGGAAAGUGAAAGUAGACUCCUUUGACAGCAUGAAAGUGGUUAUUACCCAGCUUUUUCAACUCACCAAACCAAAUGUGAUAUAUUUGAUGUUUUUUUCUCAUUUUGAUGUUCAGGAAUUAACCAGUCCCAUUAAUUAUGGUUCAUGUCUAUAUUCUUGCAUGGUUAAAUAGACUAUUUUUAAAUUAUUUUACAUAUUUUAUCAGGUUUCGAUUGUGUUGCUUGAAGUAAGUGACAUUAGCCCAUAGAUAUGAUGUGCUCAUUUCUCCGAGUAUAUACGAUUUAUUUAUGAGUUUAACUGUGUUUUUUUUUAAUUUUCAUUAAUUUUAUUUCAUGCUUGUUAAGUUUAAAUUUAGAAACGGCCUGUGUCUAAAAUGCAGUACCCACUACCAGAUUUACUGAUAAAAAAUACAUUUUUUGCUUUGCCUUUGUUACCAUCGUGACACAUACCGAUAGGUCAGUGCUUACAUGCAUGUUAGGUCAUUAUUUACCCAGGUAGUAACUUACCAUGGUAAUAAGUAUUAGUGCUGGCGGGUAGAUAUCCCAGGUCGUUACCUUGGUGACGGAGUGCCAUUGUUUCCAUCUCAUAUGAACAUUGUCGUCAUAUGUGGCAUGUCAUCUUAUCUAAUGUGUUAGAUAUCUCGGUGAACUUCCUUGAGAUUAGUUUUCAAUGAUUUAGUCUUCCUUGCCUUUAGAAAAUUGAUUAACCGGUGAAGCACAGUAACAUACACUAUUGUUUUAAAUGUCUGGGUCAAUAACUCAUUCCAUUAUAUCAUUGUGGCCCAGCCGAUUGCAUCGUGUCAUUUUAUCAAUAUCCUUUGUGUAGUUUUCUGAGAUAUGUUUGUUUUAUCUCAGAAUUCAGCCUUCCCUACAAAAUCUAUCAAAUCAUUUCUGCUGAGAAAGGAAUUUUUGGAUCAGAAAACAGGUUUUCAGGGGCCUGUUCGUUUAUGCGGACAAACCAGUUCGUCAGUUUUUAAAUGUAAUAUUUCAAAUAUAUAUCUAGACGGACCUGAAAAUGUUAAUACAGGCCUUGGAAGUCUUUGUAAAGGCUCGUCUGAAAACAAUAUAAAAUCACCAGGUUCGUCUUUAUUUAAUAAACCAACAACACCGGCUCAUGCUUCUCCAUUCAGACCGCAAAAACGAAAAUGGCCUAUGUCUCCACAUCGUGCAUGAAAAAAAAAAAAAUGAUGAAAAGUACUGAAGCUCAAAUUAUUGUUAUAGAAAAAAUACUGUAAUACAAAAUGAAAAAAAUAUGAAGCAUUAAUUUAUUAAUACAAAUUUUUAAUUGUGAUUUUAGAAGAAAAUAUGAAUCUAUAGUAUCCAAAACUUUUCUCGCUAAACAUACAUAAGAAAUAAAAAUUUCAUUAAGAAAUUAUUCAAAUCAAAUCAAUAGAUCAUAUAAAUUAUUUUAAUUCCUUCCUGGAACUAGUAUAAACUGAUACUAUUAUACAGCUCUAAGCCUCUAGUGAUUUUGGAUAGCACAGGGUCGGACACUAUACGUGUUGUAAAUGAUGGAUGUAAGUGUUAUGUGUUGUUACCGCUAGCUUUGUGUGUACGAAUGUCAUUCAUGUUGCUGUGUUCUCCAAAAAAUCAAGAGAUUUUAAAAAGCUUCUGUUGACAAAAAUAAAUUUUUGAAAUACU